AUGUAUCUAUUUCUAACCUAUUUCAUCUAUUCAAUUGCAGUAAUAUCAUUUUGUAUUAUGCUGGCACAAAUAUUCGAUAGCUUUAUACGUGCUCUAAUGUUUACGAUUUUGGUUUAUAUUCUAUCGUUUGCGUUACAGUCAGCGAGUGUCACAUGGCCAUUACCAAUUCAAUAUAUUUUCUGUUUUGUACCCUUUUAUAAUAUUCAUUCAUUAUUUCGACAAGCUGUCUUACAUGAUCUGGCAGUAAAAGAUCUACAAUUAUUUCAACAAUUAUAUCGUCAUUCACCAAUCUAUUUUAUAUGCUUAAUUAUUAUGUUAAUAAGCACCGUUUUAUAUUGGUUUCUAGCCUGGUAUAUUGAGAAGGUUUUUCCAGGUCAAUAUGGUGUACCAGUCAGCUGGUAUUUUCCUUUUACAAAGGCUUAUUGGAAAUCCGAUGAGGAUGAACGUCAAAAUUCGCUUGAACUUGGCCCAUCAAAACAUUCGGUUAGAGAUAGUUCAUCGAAAACAGCAGUUGUACGUGUAAACAAUUUAACAAAAAAAUUUGGUCAUGACAAAAUUGCUGUUAAUGACGUCUCAUUUACACUCUAUGAAAAUGAGAUAACCGGUCUAUUAGGUCAUAAUGGGGCUGGUAAAACGACAAUUAUCAAUAUCCUUUGUGGAAUGUACAAACCUACAUCGGGUAGUAUACAAAUGAUGAAUGCCGAUGCUGAAAAAAAUAUGCAGGCAUUAAGAAAACAUAUGGGCUAUUGUCCACAACAUGAUAUUCUCUUUGAUUUGCUAACUGUAGAAGAACAGAUCGAAUUUUAUGCAACGGCCAGAGGUAACAGUCUUAUUGAACUUCUCGGUGAUGCAAUCAAAAUUUUUAGACUUCUGAGGUGA